AAUCAGCUGCAUUUUUUCAUUCAAAUUUCAUUAAUUCUCGUUACAUUUUGUAUGCACGUAAAUUUUAAUACAUUAAAAUUAAUAAACAGCAAGGCAGAAUAAUUUUGUGUGAUUCCGUUAAGUUCAUGGUUAAAAUAUGAUUGUAACCUCUGAAAUGACGGCAAAAGAAAUUCUUAAUGAUUUCAAAGAAAAUUACGGUAAAGUUCGCAAAUUACUCGACGAAGACAGCAAAAAUGACCCCGAAAACGAACCUUACUUAUCGAAAUACAAGGCUAGGGAUAUACUAACGAAUAUGUGCGAUUCCCUCAAGAAUAUCGAUUCUGAAUCGAACGUGGACAGUAUCAAGCUUCAUGCUAUGUUGGGGGUUGUUCUUCUAAACAUUGGUAUAAUAGACAUGGAGACGGAGGAACUGACAGCUAGCGAGAGAGUGCUCACUGAAGCCGUUGAUCUGUUAAGCCCAAAUGGUUCUAAACCAGAAAUUGUUACAACACUAAUCAAUAUUUACAACAACAUAGGUAUUUUAUGGUCAAAUCGAGACGAACCUGGAAAAGCUAAAGGGUUCCUACUUCAAGCCAAAGAUCUGUAUGAGUCAUUCAAAUGCACUUUACAAAUGCCUUUGCCUAUAGAGUAUGUGAUCGGCAACAUGGGAGAGGCUGGUGCAGGAGAUUUUAUGUUCUUGGAAAAAGCUUACACUUUGACUCUCUACUAUUUGGCUCAAGUAUUUGGUUCCUUGAAGGAGAAUCUGAAGUCUGCCAUAUACUGCCACGUUACAUUGAGGCGUCAGUUACAGUAUUCUGAUUAUGAGCCUAUAGACUGGGCUUUAAAUUCUGCAACAUUAUCUCAAUUCUUUGCUGAGCAGAAUGGUUUCUUCCAGUCUAGACACCAUUUAGCUGCAGCUUCAACGAUACUGGACAGUUAUGAACAGAAGUUGAAUUCUGUUCAGGGCAAUGAUGAGGAGUUUUUAGCCAAGAUGGAGACGUUCAAACACAGAUCUGCGGAUGUGGCUCGAUGUUGGGCCAAGUACUGCUUGUUGCUGAUGACUGCUUCCAAGAACAGGCUCAUGAGUGAUGCAGAAACUGUCACAGAUGCUAUCACAGAUAUGUCGAAUUUGAAAAUAGAAGAUGACGAAAACAUUUGUGGUGGUGAUGCUAAAAACCUGGUAUUCCCUGACAUUGAUGUAACCAAAUAUGAGAGUAAAAUUAUUGAUAAAUUUCUCCUAACCUACCAAGAUGCAAGAGAGGUUUUUCUGUGCUGUCAGAACUGGUUAAAUGAAGCGAAAAAAUACUACAAGUUGGACAGCCUUGCUUCAGAUUAUAUAGAACUUAUACAAGACAGUUCUCAAUCAUUUAGUUACCUGGCAUUCUUUGAGGAAGAUGAUGAAAGAAGAGCUAAAAUGCACAAACGACGCAUUGAUAUGUUAGAGGAACUCAUAAAGCAAGUUAAUCCUACAUACUACUUGCAGUACUGCCGGCAGUUGUGGUUUGAGUUAGGGGAAGUCUACUCAGAUAUCCUGAAUAUAAAGUUGGAUAAAUUGAACAGAUGUAAGGAGAAACCAACUCCACAUGCUUUGAAAAAGAUUAACUUGCUCUGUGAAAAGAGUAUUGAGAAUUAUGACCACUUUUUGAAUUCAGUCAAAGACAAAAAUGGGAAGAUGCCUUUGAAACUUGAGAGUGAUGUCAUAAGGCCUGUAAUUAGUGCAUAUGCCUUCAUGGGUAGAAACAGCAUGAAGAGGAUUGCUGUUGACAAAGCAGCACAAUUGACCAAUCUCCAGAAAAGUUAUGAUUCUUAUCAAGCAGUUGUUGACAUUUGCACUAAUGACAAAGAUGCAGCCGCUAUGAUGCGUGAGGAGUUUAGCCUCUGUCAGGAGAUGGUUAAUAUUCUGCCUAUAAAAAUUAAAAGACUUGAAAUUGAGUUAGCAACAAAGUAAAGAUCUCAGUUAAAAAUUUAUGAAUUUGUUAAUGAGCUUGCAAUUCUUCAAUGUAACAAACCAUGAAGAAAUCAUAGGUGUACUUAAUGAAUGGUAUAAAACCUACAUAAACAACUGAAAUGCUUUCAGCAUAGCUGUUUUUGGUUUAAAUCUGUAGUACCUAAUAUAGAGUACCUACAUUUUUAUUAUGUUGACAUAAAACCCAUUGGAUUUUUAUGAAAUGGGAAUGUUGCACAAUUAAUAGAAACUAUAUAACCAGCGUUGCAUCGCUUUCACUAUUAGGCAUCAUGUUGAAUAUAUUUGUAAUUAUAAAAUUUUUGUUGAAGAAAAAAAUAAUACAAUAGUUACAAACCGA